CCCUGCGCGAGACACCCAUCGCCAUUCCGGAGCGGGACCCUGCCCCUCCCCCUUCCUGGAGCGUGACCCCCUCCUCCUCGCCCCGAGGCCUCUGGCGACUGGGUCCGUUGGGGCAGAACCAUGGAGGACAAGCCUUUGAAAGCCUUGGACAAGUCUUCGGGCCACCGUGCCUCAGGCAAGUCGAGCCAGCAGGACAUCCGGAAUCUAUGGACCACGGCCACGCUGUCGCAGCCGAAGCUGAACGUGGCGCUGUCCGAUGUCUGCGAGGACUCGGAGGGCAGCAGCGUGAGCAGCAGGACCCGCCGGUGGCGCAAGCAGACGGCCGGCCACGACUGGGACGCCAGCUGGGAAGCGUUGGAGGACAGAAAGGACAAGGACAGCUUCAAGCAAGAGGAGCUGGAUGAGCACUCCUUGCUGGAGCUGGAGAUGCGCCUCGACAGCUCCGUGGGAAGCCAUGUAGAGGACGACGACGAGUCCAGGACCGAAAAGCCUUCCUCAGUGUCAUCGUUCAAUAUUGCGAAGCACACACACCAUCGAGCCUACUGGAUGGAGCAGCACAACAGGCUGCCACUGCCCCUGAUAGAACUCAUGGAGAAUGAAGCUCUGGAAAUCCUCACCAAAGCCUUCCGGAGCUACCGGUUGGGGAUUGGCCGGGACCACUUCCUGACCAAGCAGCUGCAGCGACAGAUCGAGGGGCUCAAGAGGCGCCAGAACAAGAGGCUGCACGUCUCGGCGCACUGAGAGCACCGCCUCGGGCUCGAGUGACGGCCCGACUCCGGCCCCGGUCCCUGUCCCGUUCCCAGACCCAAGCUCGACCCUGUCCACGUGGAAUUUGGGCCCUAGAGAAAUAAAAGAGUCUGUGCAUGGUCA